AUUGCGACCUGCUUUAUAUCUGAGUAGCUUACUGCAGCUGUAUAUUCCGGUGGUAACCGUGCCAUGCCAUUCAAUAUUUAUGUCUGUUGUAGUUGUAGCAGCCGCAUGUCCCGGAAGGAGCCGUAAAAAAACUACUCGUCGCUGCAGGUUGGAAUUCACAGUCUCAUCGGAAGGAGCCUGCAGGGGUGUGGAGGACAGGAGAGGGAGAGGAGGAACGAACACCUAGACACUCUUCUUCCGAGUGAAAGGAGUUGGACGUUUUUUUGCCCCAUGGAGUGCAUGUAGCCUUGUAAAGCCUAUUCGACUGGAUCGUAGAGGUGGAAUCCCUUUUGUAGACUUUCAACGGGGGAUAAAAACAUGGCUCCAAGUACAUUGCACUUGUGCCUUUUGGCAGCAUUUGCCACCUUACAGACUGGCUGCGGAUUUAACAUUGAUGUCCGAUUUCCCGUGAUCAAGGAGGGCAAGACCAAAGGCAGUUUAUUUGGAUUUUCCGUGGCGCAACACAGCCAGACGCAAAACUCGAAACAAUACCUCCUGCUGGUGGGGGCCCCUAAGGAGCGUGCGCACCCCCAGGUGGUGAAGGUGAAUGAGACGGGGGCCGUCUACUCCUGCCCCAUCAGCCUGAACCCCACAGACUGCAGCCGCAUGGACCUCGUCAGCAGCACGGACUCCAAUGAAAUUGUGGAGGGCAUGUGGCUGGGGGUGACUGUGGCCAGCCAAAGGAGACUGGCGGAGGGCCGCGUGCUGGCGUGCGGCCACCGCUACGUGAAGCUGGUGAGCGGCGGCAUCGAGGGCCAGCGCAGCAUGGUGGGCAAGUGCUUCGUGCGCAGCAACGACCUGACCUUUGACCCCCUCGACGACUGGCAGACGCACACGUACGAGGCCUGCAACCCCAACGAGGACCACAACCAGGAGGGGCUCUGCAACAUGGGCAUCGCCGCGGGCAUGACCGAGACCGACGUCUAUAUGGGGGCACCGGGAAGUUACACAUGGCAAGGUAACGUGCAUGUGACGUGGCGGGACCCCAACCCCCUGAACUCCUGGGACUUUAUCGACAAGGACAUUGGCAAGCAAGACAGAAAGAGUUACAACUACAUGGGAUACUCAGUGCUUGAGGAGAAGAAACUUCUGAGUCGUGACGAGGACACGUUGGUGACAGGGGCGCCGCGAGAGGCGGACAACGGCACGGUGACCUUGGCCAAGAUGGAGGGCACCAAGUUGAUCCCCGUGACGACCCUCAUCGGCGAGCAGCUGGGCUCCUACUUUGGCAGCAGCAUAGCCGUCACAGACCUCAACAACGACGACUGGAACGACCUGAUAGUCGGUGCUCCGAACUACUUCGACCGCAAAGACUAUAAAGGCGGGGCGGUGUACGUCUACAUGAACGAGAACGGAAGCUUCCAGAAGAAGCCCAGCAUGUCGCUUUAUCAGGCUGCACACUCUGCUUUCGGCACGGCCGUGGCGGCCAUUGGGGACGUCAACCAGGAUGGAUUCCAGGACUUUGCAGUAGGUGCUCCCUUUGAAGGGUCGGGAAAGGUGUACAUAUGGAUGGGCAGUAUGAAGGGGAUCUUAACAGAGCCAAGCCAGGUGAUCGAGGGUACGUCUGUAGACAGUAGUGGCUUCAAGACGUUUGGCUACUCUCUGAGUGGCGGGCUGGACAUGGAUGAUAACAUGUACCCAGACAUACUCGUCGGCUCUUUGGAUGACCGCGUUGCCCUCUUGAGAGCACGUCCAGUGGUCCAUUUGUCCACAGAGUUCGAUGUGGAGCCAAAGAUUGUUGACCCCAGCCAGUGUGGAGACCCUUGCAUAAAGGUGAAGGUGUGUUUCUCGUUCACCCUCAGCAAUGGAAAGAAGGACUUCAAGCGGGACAUCACUGUAAACUAUGUUCUGGAGGCGGAUGCUGAGCGCAGGCUCCCGCGUGUGCGCUUCGUGAAAAAUGGGAAGGACACCAUCCCAGACGGCAAGGUGUCCCUCUCAUCACGCGUCUGUGAGGAGUACGGACUCAGCGUCAUAGAGCCUGUGGUGGACAAGCUUCCACCGGUGGUGUUCUCCCUGAACAUCUCCCUGCAUGAGCAGAAGGCCAAGGUCCGCAAGUCACUACAGAACCUGGACGCCUUCCCCAUCCUCAGCAACAAGCAGAUCCGCACGGAGAAGACUGAGAUCAACUUCCAGAAAGAUUGUGGCGCCGACAAUCGCUGCACAAGCAACUUGCAACUGACGGCCACAGUCGCCGAUGAGAAUUUCCGCCCUUUCCCACGGGAUGGCAGUGAGCAGGUGAUGGAGUUCAACAGCAACGUGAAGAAGGUGGUGCUGCAGGUGGUGGUGACCAACUACCCGGAGGGGGGCCGCGAGGCCGAGGACGCCCACCAGGCCAAACUCAACAUCACCUUCCCCCCCUCGCUGCUCUACUCCGGCAUACGCGCGGACCAUGUUGAUUGUGAAGCAGACCCGAACUCCUUGACAUCCUACAUCUGUGAGCUGGGUAAUCCAGUAAGGAGUAACGAGAAGGUAGAAUUGUCGGUCAUAUUUGAGACGGCAGGGAUCAACCUCUUCACAGAGAAGCUUGAAUACCUGCUUCAGCUAGACACCUUGAGUUUUCAGUCAGACUUGGAGCCAGUAGCUGUUCCUGUCCGGGUUGAGAACACCAUCCUUGCCUCUUUCUCCAUUGAGAAGCCCAUCGUGCACACGUCCUUCAGUGGGACGGUGAUGGGGGAGUCGGCCAUGAACAGUAGCAGUGAUGUGGGCAGCCUGGUGGAGUACAAGCUCAAGGUUGGGGUGAAUGGGGAGCCACUGGGCAGCAUGGGGACCCUGGUGCUGGAGUUUGAGUGGCCAUUCGAGGUGACCAAUGGGAAGUGGCUGCUCUACCUGACCGAGAUCGUUACCAAGGGAACAGAGGACACGCACUGUGUACCGCCGGGAGAUGUGGUGAACAUGCUCAACCUUACGUUGUCUGAGGAGCGCUCCAGGCGCCAGAGGAGGGAUGCCCAGUACGAGCCCCCAGUGGAGGCUGCCAUCUCCAUCCUGGGACCCCGCAAGGAGACCUUCCUGCUGGAAUGUUCUAAAGGGUCAGCUCGCUGUGUGACCUUCUCCUGCCCUCUACGCAACAUGUCCACCUAUGCAGAGGUCAUCGUCAGGGCACGCGUCUGGAACGGAACCAUGUUGGAGGAUUAUAUCAAUGCUGAUAGAGUCACAGUGAGAGGGGAGGUACGCCUACGACUACAGACUGAUAAGCCCACCAUCAAGAUGGAUGAUCAGGACAAUAUGUUCACGCUACACAUCGACCCGGAGAUUGGGGAGGAGAUUCCGUACGAGGUUCCCUUCUGGAUCUUCAUCAUCGCUGGAGCGGCGGGAAUGCUCCUACUGGGCAUCAUCAUCCUCAUCCUAUACAAGUGCGGUUUCUUCAAGAGGGCGAGUCGACGCGAGAUGUACGAAGCCAAAUCCCAGAAAGCCGAGAUUAAAAUCCAACCCUCGGAGACAGAGAGGCUGACGGAUGACUACUAAGGCCCCCCUCCCGAAACAAAUAAAAUAAGCAAACAAACAAAGAAACAACAACAAUGGGAGGGGGGCUUUCCCCAUGGCACAUGUUUCUCAGGUUCCUCGUGUGGCUUCUUCAAGAGGGCCGUCUACUACAGGAUAAUGCCAAAGUACAAAGGGGUGAAGAUCCGCAAGGAGGAGCGCUACAAGUUCAAG